AUGGCUAUAACUGAGACAAAAAAGAGGAAGGUUUUGGAUGGUCUUCCUCGCGCAUUGCCGACCGGAAAUAUCCCCGAGAAUACCGACGCUGUAGCAGUUUCCAACUGUUUCAGUGAAAAAAUAGCGAGUUUAGAGAAAGACGAUUUUGUUCCUCAUGCAAUAUGGCGAGACGUCUUUUCUCUGACAGGGACACUUAGAACGUUUUAUUCAGCGGCCUACAUAGGGCCUACUUGGCAUACAUUAUGCGGCAAACGACAAGUUGGAUCCCUUAAACUGAGAAGUGAAACGGCUCUUGUUGUAAGACCAAAUCCCAAUAACGCAUGGAUCGUCGUAUCCUUCACCUUCAUAUUGAAAGAACCCAUUGCAAGUUCAUGUUUGGGAUUCUUGUAUCUGAUCCCCAAUGAAAAUGGCGAUUGGAAGAUAUGGAUCAUCUCUACGAUGCUGGAUCAGCUCAGAGAUUAUGCUAAUGUUGAUCAUCUUGAUCCCGCCUCGCUCUGUUUUCAACACAACAAUAGUGAUUCACAUCCACCGAACGGAGCUAGGGCAGCAGAAUAUGACUGCAUUGUUAUCGGAGCAGGACAAGCUGGUUUGUGCACAGCUGGCCGCUUGAAAGCUCUUGGAGUGUCGUACAUUUGUAUUGAACGAACCCAUGAGAUAGGGGACAGCUGGAGGCUGCGUUAUGACUCCUUGAAGAUUCAUACCGGGCGAGAAAAUUCUCAUCUUCCAUUUGGCCGCACAUUUGCGCUGGACGACCCAGAGUGGUUGACGAAAGAUCAUCUUGCGGGGGCCUUCCAAAAAUGGGUUCAGAAAUUCGAUAUUAAUGUCAUGCUCUCGACAACAGUAGAGUCGGGAUCAUGGGCGGAAUCUACGAGGCUAUGGACGUUAAAUCUCCGAAAACAGUGCCCUAAUAAAGAACCUGAAAUAUUUACAAUUACAAGCUCGAAUGUCGUUUUGGCUGCUGGAGGAGGAUGUCUGGUACCAGUUAUUCCAGAGUAUGCGAACAAGGACUACAAGAACGGACUUGACUGGAAAGGAAAACACGGAGUUGUGGUGGGCACAGCAAAUACAGGGCAUGAUGUUGCCGAGGAUAUGGUCAACUCCGGGUUGGCUUCAGUCACGAUGGUACAGCGUAGCAAAACAUAUGUUAUUCCCCUUCAAGAACACAUGAACUACCUGAAUUCGAUGUAUAACGUGGAAACACCACCUAAAAUCGGCGACCUAAAAAUCUUUCUACCUCCACUCAGCGUAAUGAGGGAGUUAGGUUUAGAAGACACUCGAGCAUCCUACGCCGCCAACCCCGAUCGAUAUGCCAAUCUCGAAAAGGCUGGGUUUCAUCUAGAUCGUGAUGACGAUAUUCUGUAUCAUAUCACCGAGAUGUUUGGUGGGCAUUAUAUAGACACUGGUACAUCAAAGAAAAUUGCUGAUGGAUUGAUCAAAAUGAAAUCCGGAUCUCUGCCAGUAUCCUACACAGAAGACGGUCUCCUCUUUGCCGACGGAAGUCAUCUCAAAGCAGAUGCGGUUGUUUUUACUACUGGUUUUCUAGGAAACAUGCGCGAUACCGCACGGCAACUUUUCGGCGAUGAGGUGGCUGAUAGGGCAGAUGACUUUUGGGGGGUGGAUGAUGAAGGGGAAAUUAAAGGUGCUUACAAACCGAUGGAGCAGCUUGGUUUGUGGUAUAUGGGUGGUGGCAUUGCUCACGCCAGAUUCUUUUCUCGGUUCGUCGCUCUACAGAUCAAGGCCGCGCUUGAAGGGCGGGCUUUCCCAGUCUUCAAUGAGAAGCAGCCUAGCAUUUAG